AUGGCACAGCAGGAUCUCCGCGCCCAGGAGAUUGAGAACCCAAUCGACAUUGCUGAGUAUCUCUUCCGACGACUCAAACAAGUCGGCGUCGAGUCGAUCCACGGCCUGCCCGGAGACUACAACCUCGUCGCCUUGGACUACAUCCCCAAGGUGGGCUUGAAGUGGGUCGGCAACUGCAACGAGCUGAAUGCUGGCUACGCGGCUGAUGGCUACGCACGCGUCAAGGGCAUCGCCGCCCUCGUCACCACCUUUGGCGUCGGUGAGCUCUCUGCGGUCAAUGCCAUUGCAGGUGCCUACUCCGAAUACGUCCCCAUCGUCCACAUCGUCGGAUACCCAUCCACCAUCUCGCAGAAGAACGGAGCCCUACUCCAUCACACACUCGGAAAUGGCGACUUCACAGUCUUCUCAAGAAUGUCCGAGGAGAUCUCCUGUGCUGUCUCCAUGCUCAACAAUCAGCAUGAAGCGGCGACGCUGAUCGACAACGCCAUUCGCGAGUGCUAUCUGCAGUCGAGGCCCGUCUACAUUUCCCUCCCCAGUGACAUGGUGCAAAAGAAGAUCGACGGCAACAGACUGAACACCCCCCUGGACUUGAAGUACGCGCCCAACGAUCAGGAAGCUGAAGACUACGUCGUCGAUGUCGUGCUCAAGUACCUCCAAGCCGCAAAGAACCCCGUCAUCCUGGUCGACGCCUGCGCGAUCCGACACCGAGCACUCAAGGAGACGCAUGACUUGGUCAAGAAGUCGGGCAUCCCAACCUUUGUUGCGCCCAUGGGCAAAGGCGCCGUAGACGAGACCCUCCCUAACUAUGGAGGUGUAUAUGCCGGCAACGGCAGCAACGCUGGAGUUCGCGAGCGCGUAGAGUCUUCGGACCUGGUCAUUAGCAUCGGUGCUAUCAAGUCUGACUUCAACACCGCGGGCUUCACAAUUCGCAUGUCGCAGAUGAACACCAUCGACUUCCACAGCUAUGGAGUCAAGGUUCGUUACUCAGAAUACCCUGGUGUGCGGAUGAACGGUGUUCUUGCCAAGGUCACAGCCAAGCUCGGAAGGCUGAACAUUGAGGCCGGUCCUCAACCCAGCAACAAGAUCCCCCAGCAAGAAGUCUCCUCAUCCGAGCCCACAGUCACACAUGCCUGGUUCUGGCCACGCCUCGGCCAAUGGCUCCAGAAGGACGACGUCAUCAUUACCGAGACCGGCACCUCCAACUUUGGUAUCUGGGAGACGCGCUUCCCCGCGGGCGUGAACGCCAUUUCCCAAGUCCUUUGGGGCUCCAUCGGAUACGCCACCGGCUCCUGCCAGGGUGCUGCUCUCGCUGCCAAAGAACUGGACAUCAAGCGCACCAUCCUCUUCACAGGCGACGGCUCCUUCCAGCUCACCGCCCAAGAAGUCUCGACCAUGCUGCGGAAUAAGCUCAACCCCAUCAUCUUCGUCAUCUGCAACAACGGCUACACAAUCGAGCGCCUCAUCCACGGCAUGGAGGACCCGUACAACGACGUCCCAGAGUGGAAAUACAAGGAGCUGCCAAGGGUCUUUGGCGCAGAAGAGGGCAGUGUGUUGACAUACAGGGUCAGCACCAAGGAGGAGGUGGAGAACCUCUUCAAGGAUGAGGAGUUCUCGAGCGGCGAGACCAAGAAGAUGAGGUUUGUCGAAUUGGUCAUGCCAUGGGAUGACGCGCCGGCUGCGUUGAAGGCCGUGUGUGAGUCGGCGGCGAGGACCAAUGCUAAGACCGAAUAG